GGAGGACUCCGGACCCUGAGAGGGGGAUACGGGUCUGCCCUCGCGAUUGGGGGGCGGGGAGGGUGCGGAAGGUCUGAGAUCGCCGGGAGGGAGAGGGUGUUUGCCCCGGUUCGCCCCUCGCAGAGCUUUUUUCCGCCCUGAGCCAGACACCGGAAUGAAGUUUGGAGAGGUGGGUUUCGUUUUGUAUUGUGGAUGGGUGCAUUUGGAAUUUCUGCUCUUACUUUAGGGCUGCUUAGGUUGUGAAGAGGAGGCAGAUUUUUGUGUUACUAAAGGUAUGAGUUGGGGAGAGAUUGGAGAGGUGCUUGGGGUACACGGUUUUGGAAUCCAGUCUACGUUUGGUGGUCUUGUUAAGACGCCCUUGGGAGUACACAGAUAAGUUGAUUCUGAAGGGUGUUUUGCUUCUGUCUUUCGAUUGUUUGCUCUGUGAGAAAGGAUUUUAAGACACUCUGGCAAACUUCUAUUUUAGAUUAUGUAGGAUGGGAACGUGACAUUCGCUACAUUCGGGAGCCUUUAGCUGUUUGCCACAGGAGCAGGCCGCGGUUUCUAAGAUGGCGUCUUCUUCGUUUCAGAUUCAUCACUGCAGCGGCCACACUGCCGAGAACCACCACCCGCCAGGAGUCCUACGGCCACACCCCUAGUGGGCCGAGGCCGGCUCUGCCCGCCCACGCAGCCCCCUCCCGUCGCCCUACCCGCCUAGCCAACGGAGGAGCUACGAAUGGCACGACCUGCCGGAGCUUGGCAGUCGCCCGUCGCACCAGGCUUGGAAGCCUGGGAAGACAGUGUUGGGAAGGGAGGUGGGGAGAGGGUGCUGGAAGCUCUAGAGGGAUGGCUUCAGCACCCCUCCCAACCUCCCACUUUGCCUGGAGUCGCCGGACCGCAGCACAGCCAAUUAGCUCGGAGAUGUAGCUGACUGCCGCUUCCCUAUGGGUCUUUGCAGCCGACUUUCGCCUGGUGACUGACACCUCGGAAAUGAAGUUUAUGAUGUCAUCGUUUAGACCAACCAAUAGGAAAAGCUCCCGCGGAGAGACGUUCCUCCCCUUUCGAUUCGGCUUCUUCACGCGCGUGAGCGAGCGUGAACGCGCAGAGAGGGUGGGGGAAGUCUCGAGCACGGUGGCGCGCAUGAGCGGCGAAGCUCCUCCUACCCGCCUAUAUAUAAAGGGCUGGCGCGGAGCUCAGCGGCGCCAUUUCGCGCUGGAGUGGAGCAGCGUUUAGGACGAGCCGGAGGAUUCGGCCUGCUGAUACAGAGCCUUCGAGUCGUCUGGGGCGACCAUUACAAUCCACGUCCAUCCGCUUGGAAAUGGCCUUCGUCUCGGCCUAUGACCGGUCCCGGCGGACAGUACAGACCCCAUAGAAGCCCCCGAAGCUCCCCUUUUCCGGGCCCCGCCCAAUCCUCGGAGUCUGUCCGUCCCCUCUACUCCGCCCUCAAGAGGAUUUCAAAGAUGGAGGCGGCGGCUCCUUAAACCACUUUCCGUGUUCAUCCGCCUCCAUCCGAGGUCGAAACAAGACCUUGUCCUCCUCGGACACUCCCGGCAGGAAGAGGGAACCCCUGCAGAACAACAGCGGGCUAUACUGACGACGGUGUCUGGGAUUGGGGGCCGUCCUUGAUUUUGAAGAGUCCAUUCCCCCGCGUUCACCCGCCUCAGCUGAGGCAGCCGCCAUUUUCUCGCUGGCCGCCGCCUGUGGAGCUCACCGAGCUGCCGGGAGCUCUCUGAGGCCCCGCGCAGGAGACUGCUUUCGUACUAGCCCGGUGGGGGGGUUGUCGCCUGGAGGAUCAAGGGCGACGGCCCUCCCCCACUUCCCGGGUUAUGCUGGACCCGUCGGUGAGGGGAACCGAGGCCACCCGGACUUACCGCGGCUGAGGGCUGUGCCGGUUCCCUGCGGUCAAGAUGCUGCAAAACGUGACUCCCCACAACAAGCUCCCUGGGGAGGGGAAUGCAGGGUUACUGGGGCUGGGCCCAGAGGCAGCAGCUCCAGGGAAAAGGAUUCGAAAGCCCUCUUUGCUGUAUGAGGGAUUUGAGAGCCCCACAAUGGCUUCAGUGCCGGCUUUGCAACUGACCCCUGCCAACCCACCACCCCCCGAGGUGUCCAAUCCCAAAAAGCCAGGACGGGUCACCAACCAGCUGCAGUACCUACACAAGGUGGUAAUGAAGGCUUUGUGGAAACAUCAGUUUGCAUGGCCAUUCCGGCAGCCGGUGGAUGCCGUCAAACUGGGUCUGCCGGAUUAUCACAAAAUUAUAAAACAGCCUAUGGAUAUGGGUACUAUUAAAAGGAGACUUGAAAACAACUAUUAUUGGGCUGCCUCGGAGUGUAUGCAGGAUUUUAAUACCAUGUUCACCAACUGUUAUAUCUACAACAAACCCACUGAUGAUAUUGUCCUUAUGGCACAGACGCUGGAAAAGAUCUUUCUACAGAAAGUGGCAUCAAUGCCACAAGACGAGCAAGAGCUUGUAGUGACCAUCCCUAAGAACAGCCACAAAAAGGGAGCCAAGUUGGCAGCAUUCCAGGGUAGUAUUACCAGUGCCCAUCAGGUGCCUGCUGUCUCUUCUGUGUCACACACAGCUCUGUAUACUCCACCACCUGAGAUACCUACCACUGUCCUCAACAUUCCCCACCCGUCAGUGAUUUCCUCUCCCCUUCUCAAGUCUCUGCACUCCGCUGGACCUCCGCUCCUUGCUGUCUCUGCAGCUCCGCCGGCUCAGCCCCUUGCCAAGAAGAAAGGGGUAAAGAGGAAAGCAGAUACUACCACACCUACACCUACAGCCAUCCUGGCUCCUGGUUCCCCAUCUAGCCCUCCUGGGGCUCUUGAGCCUAAGGCAGCACGGCUUCCACCUGUGCGGAGAGAGAGUGGCCGCCCCAUCAAGCCGCCCAGGAAAGACUUGCCCGACUCUCAGCAACAACACCAGAGCUCCAAGAAAGGAAAGCUAUCAGAACAGUUAAAACAUUGCAAUGGCAUUUUGAAGGAGCUACUUUCCAAGAAGCAUGCUGCCUAUGCCUGGCCUUUCUAUAAACCAGUGGACGCUUCUGCUCUUGGCCUGCAUGAUUACCAUGACAUUAUUAAGCACCCCAUGGACCUCAGCACUGUCAAGCGGAAGAUGGAGAAUCGUGAUUACCGGGACGCACAGGAGUUUGCUGCUGAUGUGCGGCUUAUGUUCUCCAACUGCUAUAAGUACAAUCCCCCAGACCACGAUGUUGUGGCCAUGGCACGAAAGCUACAGGAUGUGUUUGAGUUCCGUUAUGCCAAGAUGCCAGAUGAACCCCUGGAACCAGGGCCUUUACCAGUCUCUACAGCCUUGCCCCCUGGUCUGGCCAAAUCAUCUUCUGAGUCCUCCAGUGAGGAAAGUAGCAGUGAGAGCUCCUCGGAGGAAGAGGAGGAGGAAGAGGAGGAUGAGGAAGAAGAAGAGAGUGAAAGCUCUGACUCAGAGGAAGAAAGGGCUCAUCGCUUGGCAGAACUACAGGAACAGCUUCGGGCAGUGCAUGAACAACUGGCAGCCUUGUCCCAAGGCCCAAUAUCCAAGCCCAAGCGGAAGAGAGAGAAAAAGGAAAAAAAGAAAAAAAGGAAGUCAGAGAAGCAUCGAGGCCGAGCUGGGGUUGAUGAAGAUGACAAGGGGCCCCGGGCAUCCCGCCCACCUCAGCUCAAGAAGUCCAAGAAAGCAAGUGGGAGUAGCAGUGGUGCUGCACUAGGACCUCCUGGCUUUGGGCCUUCUGGUGGAAGUGGUACCAAACUCCCCAAAAAGGCCACAAAGACAGCCCCGCCUGCCCUACCUGUGGGCUACGAUUCAGAAGAGGAGGAAGAAAGCAGGCCCAUGAGUUAUGAUGAGAAGAGGCAGUUGAGCCUGGACAUCAAUAAAUUACCUGGGGAGAAGCUGGGCCGAGUAGUACACAUAAUCCAAGCCAGGGAACCCUCUUUACGUGAUUCAAACCCAGAAGAGAUUGAAAUUGACUUUGAAACACUCAAGCCAUCCACACUUAGAGAGCUUGAGCGCUACGUCCUUUCCUGCCUACGAAAGAAACCCCGGAAGCCCUACACCAUUAAGAAACCUGUGGGAAAGACGAAGGAAGAACUGGCUUUGGAGAAGAAGCGAGAACUAGAAAAGCGGUUACAAGAUGUUAGUGGGCAGCUCAAUUCCACCAAAAAGCCUCCUAAGAAAACGAGUGAGAAAACAGAGUCUUCAGCCACACAGCAAGUAGCGGUGUCACGCCUCAGCGCUUCCAGCUCCAGCUCAGAUUCCAGCUCCUCCUCUUCAUCUUCCUCUUCUUCAGACACCAGUGAUUCAGACUCAGGCUAAAGGGCCAGGCCAGAUGGGGCAGGAGGCUCCGCAGGACCGGACCGCUAGACCACCCUGCCCCACCCCUCCCCCGUUGCUGUGAUAUUUCCUCAUCUCACCCCCCACUGUAGGAGAGCUGGCUCUGCAGGGGGGAGGGAUGCAGGGACACUUAUGAAGGAGGGACAUGGACAAAAGAUUGAGUUCCCAGCCGCAGUGGGAGUGACCUCUUGGGCAUAGGGCCCCCAUUUGAAAUGGGUACAGGGUGGGAGUGGGCAGAGGCCCUAAUAAGGGGUUACCUGAGGCCAUAGCUGCCCUGUUCACUUGUAAGGGGCCUGUACUGAGGUUGGUUGGUCUAAUUUAUUUUAAGCUAGGUAAGGCUGGGGGGUGGGGCUGUAGUCCCCUCAGCCACCAUAGGGAGGGAAGAAAGGGGAGCUUUUUUUUUUUUUUUUUUUUUUUACGUUGACCCUGUUUUUUUUUCCUUUCUACUCUGUUUUCCCUUUUUCCUUAUCUUCCACAUUUGGGACCCCUGAGGGUUUCAGUCAUCUCCCCAUUUGGUCACCUGGACUGUCUUUUUCCUUGUCUGUUGAUUCUAACUUGUAAAUAAAGAAAAUAUUAUUCAA